AUGGUAACGGGUAUCGGCUGUCAGCUCGAGGAGUUCAAACUUUACAGACCUUUCUGCGAGAGCAUGGCGCUGAUUGUGUACGACAGUUCAUGCAGGUUGAACACAAAGCGUUACCGUGGCCGCUAUACUAUCGAUCAAGACAAUUAUGUCCAAUUAGAAGCCUCAUUAGUCACAGUAUUAGCGAGUAACAUAUUAAAGGUCUACACCAUC